CAUGUGGAAUUCCUUGGAGACUAUCCUGACUUUAUUGGCUCUCUGUUAAUCAUUGUCCUUGGUUUAAUCCUAUUUCGUGGUCCAAAGUUAUCAGCCAUGUUGAACACUGUAAUAACACUGUUAAAUUUAGUGGUCAUUAUUUUAGCCACUUGCAUUAUGUUUUCACGACCGAAUAAACAUGGUUCAGAAUUUGCACCAGCCAGUGUCAUGGUGGUCUAUUUCCAUUUGGAUUUGGAGGUAUGAUUGGUGGCGCUGGAACAUGUUUCUAUGCAUUUAUUGGCUUUGAUGCUAUUACAGUGAGCAGUGAAGAAGCGCUAAAUCCGAAAAGAUCAAUGCCAAUUGCUACUGGUGUGUCAGUUGGUGUGGUUACACUCCUGUUUCUGUUGGCUAGUCUAGCUUUAACACUUUUUGUACCAUGGUGGACUGUGGAUCGACAAGCUGCUUUCACAUCUGCUUUUCAUAUUCGUGAUUAUGAAUGGGCCACCUAUAUAACAGGAAUUGGUUCAUUACUUGGAUUAAGUGCAAGUCUAUUUACAAGUAUGUAUGCUAUGCCGAGAGUGGUUUAUUGCCUAAAUUCUUGGGUUAUUUAUUACCAUCUACUCAAGUAA